GCUUGCUUUACCACGACCAUGUCAAGUUCUGUCGACCAGCUGCUUGAGCUCAUUCUACAGCUCAAAAAAACUACCCCAGCUGCUGCGAAACAAAUUUUGAACAGCCAGCCGCAAAUAGCCUAUGCAGUCAUUACACUCCUUGUUAGUAUGAAUGCCAUUGAUAUCGAGGUGUUCAAGAAAACGCUAGCAGACUUCGCAACGUCGCAAACUCAAGCAGCUACGGCGGCUACACCUUCACAAUCAACACCUGCACCUGCGCCCGCAAUUCCUCCUCACAUGCAACAAAAUCAGCAGUUGAACUACCGUGCUGGGACACCGCCUACUGCUACACCAACGCCUCCAAUCGCUCAACCUCAACCAGGGUAUAGCCACGGUUAUCCUCAACCUCAGGGACCUGCUGGGUACAGAUAUGGCGUACAAUCAACACCGCAAUCAUCCUCCCAGUACGGAAGUGGUCCGCCAGGUGGUGGUUAUGGUGGCUACUCACAACAACAGUCUCAACAGCCAUACCAUCAUCCGACACCUCCGUACGGACCACCGCACUCUCACUCUGCGCAAGGCUAUGGCCCAUCGUCAGCAACACAAGCAGCAGCACCACCACCUCAAGCACUGAACUCAACGGCGUCGGUGAUUUCACAAAUUAAUCCAGCAAUUCUAGCCGAGAUUCCUGAAGAGCAGAAAGCAAUGGUGAUUCACGUUCUUUCAAUGACGCCCGAAAUGAUCAGUAGGCUUCCGCCACAGGAUCGGGCAAAUAUCGUGCAGCUGAGAUCAACACUGGGCUUGUAAGACCCAACCAAGUUCCGAAAUUGGUCGUGAGUGACGGUGGAUUUAUUGUGUUUUACUUAGUUAUUCCAAUAAUUUUCGUAACGCGCCGAGCUCGAAGGCCAUCGACACCACAGACAGAUGGAAGUACAGUGCAUGAAAAGUAAAUGUCCCAUGAAUGGAACUUGAAU